UGCAGUCACCGGAGAGAGUACAACCGCCGCAGUGACACUGACAGGAAGCCGCAGUGCGCCCACUGCCUCCCUCUUGCCCCUCUCUGGCUUCUCGCCCUCACUACAGUACCAGCUCAGACUCGGACUAUCAGGUCAACCACCCGCCCAGUAGCGCCUUCGAGGUCAUUAUUAUUGCGCAGCAAAGAUGAAGGGUAUCUCAAAGGCCUUCGCGCGGACUCCACAUAUGCUGACCACAAGGGUCGGCAUGUCAAAGAAGUCCCUCGACCCAGAGUUCGAAGACUAUGGGCGCCGCUUCGCCUCGAUAGAGACGGCGACCGAGAAGCUUUUGAAGGACACGAAGGCAUACACGGAGGCAGUCACGAACCUGUUCACAUAUGGUGCCGGCUUUGCUCAGCAUUUCGCGAUCGUCUUCCAUACAAACCCCGGCGAGUAUGAUCUUUCUUCCAAGCAUCCGGACUGCGCGCACACCGUCCGGAACGUCGACGACUAUGAAGUAGCCAUGGAGGAGCUCAAGGCUGCUAUCGCUCCGGAGCUGGAGCUUAUCGAGAGCAGGAUCAUGGGGCCUGUGAAGGAGCUGCAGGGCGUGCUUAAGACGAUCAGAAAGACGAUCACUAAGCGGGAACAUAAGCUCAUGGAUUACGACCGGUACAAUAACUCAUUGACCAAGUUGCGGGACAAGAAGGAGAAGUCGCUAAACGAUGAGAAGAACCUGUUCAAGCUCGAACAAGACUUCGAGAUCGCCUCCAAUGAGUACGACUACAUCAACUCUACAAUGAAGCAAGAGAUGCCACGCUUUCUGAUGCAAUGCACCCAAUUCGUUGACCCAUUGUUCCAUUCGUUCUUCUACAUGCAAUUGAACAUCUUCUACAUGAUGCUUGACAAACUGAACGGAUUUGCUGAAGGCAAAUACGACGUCACCGUCACCGGGAACGACAUCGCCAGAGAAUACGAGGAGAAGCGCAGUGAUGCGUGGCAGACGAUCGAGGAACUCAACAUCACGCAGCGAUUCUUGUCUACGACCAAGCUCGUACACGCACACCGAGCCGCGUCGGGGCAAGGUGCUCCCUCCUCUCUCGGGCGCUCACCAACUACCUCUACCACAUCCUCUGUCGCCUCCAGCUUCUCUAAGAAAGCCCCUCCGCCUCCUCCGGGCUCAAACUACUCAGCUCCGCCGCCUCCGUACACGCCCGGUCCAUCCGCAACGUCGCCCGCUAUCGCCAAGAAGGCGCCACCUCCGCCACCUCCCGUCAAGCCAAAGCCCAGGCUUGCAGCGUCGUAUGUCGUAGCGCUGUACGAUUUCACUCCUCAGGCGGAGGGAGACCUCGAGUUCCGCGCGGGGGACAGGAUAGAGGUCGUCGAGCGGACGGAGAGCUCAGAAGACUGGUGGACGGGCCGUGUCGGAGACCGGCAGGGCGUGUUCCCUGGUGAGUUAAGGUUAAGGUGUUCCAUUCGUUCAUACAAAGACUGAGUUCACGCCCUUUUUCAGGGAACUACGUGCAAGAUACCUGAUAAGCGGUCAGGCGAGGCAAUCUUGGAUAUGAGUCGACGGUGGACGAAGUCUGUAACGCGUGUAGGUUGGAGCCGGUCAAGGGUAAUCCGAUUUGUGAAUGAAUCGGACAAGCAGUACGAAAGUUUGGCUGUAUGCGGUUUGUUGCCUGCAGUGAAUGUCCUUCGGAUCUUCUAGUCCGCCGUUCUGUGUGCACAUGACUGCAGCAUGUCUACCUCGUGUGGACGCGCAGCGCUCGUUCUUCAUAUCUAAGGGUAUGAGGCGCAAGUCGCACACUCGCUCAG